AUGGAGAGAUUGGCUGUGCAGAGCCGUGGCCUGCAAGGGGAGGGGCCUCCGCCAGGGCUGCAAAUUGAGUCCAGCUUGGAGGAGGCCCAGGUCCUCCCAAGGUACUCGUGUCCGGGUGGCGGAUUAGCUGCUGGAGCCCAGACAGCUGCUCGGCCCUCUCCCUGCACUAACCAGAGGUCACUGCCCCACCAGGUGCCCGGAGGUUGGAAGAUGAGGCUGUCAACAGCAGCCCUGUUGCUGGGUCUUGUGCUGGUGGUCACUGGAGAGGAGGAUGAAAACGACCCGUGUGCCUAUGAGCCCCUGCAGGAGGAAGACGCUGGCCUGUGCAAAGGCCUGGACGUUUUCUACCCAGAGUUGGGGAGCAUUAGCUGCAAGUAUGUUCCUGACUGCCACAACUACAGACAGAAGAUCACCUACUUGCCUGAGCCUAUAGUCAAGUUCCCGGGGGCCUUGGACGGCGCAAGCUAUAUCCUGGUGAUGGUGGACCCAGAUGCCCCUAGCAGGUCAGAUCCCAGAAGCAGAUUCUGGAGACAUUGGCUGGUAACAGACAUCAAGGGCUCCGACAUGAAGAAAGGGAAGAUUCAGGGCCAGGAAAUAACAGGCUACCAACCUCCCUCCCCACCGGCCCACACUGGCUUCCAUCGCUACCAGUUCUUUGUCUACCUUCAGGAAGGAAGGGUCAUCUCACUGCCUCGGAAAGAAAACAAGACCCGAGGCUCUUGGAAAUUGGACAGAUUUCUGAGCCGCUUCCAUCUGAGCGAACCCGAAGCAAGCACCCAGUUCAUAACCCAGAACUACCAGGACUCACAGGGCGACGAGGCUGCCGGAGGAGGGGGACAGUGAGUCCAAGAACAACCCCAAACAGAGAUAACUGCCUGCCAGGCUGCAGGCUCCGCCUUCCAGGCAUGUGUCCCCGCACUGCCUACCAGCGAGGGUCUGGGCAUGCAACCCCCCUGGGUCUAGACCCCCUUCUCUUCCAAAUUAAAAAGAAAAUCAUCCAGGGCUUGGUA